CCGACCCGAGAUGAUGUGAGAAUUAUGGCAUACAAGCUUGCCAUGCAACUAAAACUAGCAAUAAAAUUUAACCAAGCAGAAGAAAAAGCAGGCUACAAGUGGCUUCAAUCCUUUUUGAGAAGAAGAACAGAUUUAAGCAUUCGGAAAUCUGAAAACACUUCAACAGCGCGAGCAAAAGGAAUGUCACGAGAGGUGGUAACUAAAUACUUUCAAGACUUAGAGAGCGUACUUACCGAAUAUGAAUUGUUCGACAAACCAGGGAACGUGUACAACACAGAUGAAACUGGUUUGCAACUUAAUACAAAAGCAGGACUGGUAAUCGCUGAAAAAGGUUCAAAAGCUGUGUCCACCAUCAGCCCUGGAGAAAAGGGAGAAACAAUAAGCGUUUUGGCUUGCUGUAAUGCGGAAGGAGGCUAUCUCCCCCCUUACUGUAUUUUUAAGGGAAAAAACAAAAAAGAUGAGUGGAGUGAUGGUAUGCCUCCAGGGUCACAAAUACAAAUGUCGGAAAAAUCGGCCUAUGUAAACUCUAACAUUUUCUUCGAUUGGUUAAGGAACCAUUUUUACCCUAGGAAGGGCUCUGGCAAAGUACUGCUGCUCUUGGAUGGGCACACAUCACACACCUCAAAUGUGGAAAUGUUGGAAUUUGCUGAGCAACACGACAUAAUUCUAUUUUGUCUUCCACCACACACCACUCAUUAA